AUGGGUCGGCUGAAGAGUUGCCUUCGGAGCACGAUGGGCCAGGAAAGAUUAGAGUCCAUGAUGCGCUGUCACAUUCAUAGGGACACGUUGUAUGAGCUAGACCUCAAAAAGCCAAUUCCACGCGAAUGGCUCACUUCAGACCCUUCGAACUUUUAUAGAUCACUGAAGGCUCAGUACGAGAUCGAGCACAAAGUUGAUGUUAUGAUGGCCACUGAAAGCCCCGACCAAGUAGAGACCGAGAUGGACGGCUUUGGUGACUAUGUUACUGAGAAGUGGCUCAAUUUGCAUUAUACUCUCCUCGGCAAAUAUCAGAAUGGUUAUUCUGAUUGGGGUUAUACUCAAGUUGGCUAUGGCCCAUCUACUGAGUGGCUCGAUGCUGCUGGCUUCCAGGACUUCCAAGCCACUCCGGAGCAGUUUACUGAACUGAGACGUCGUUACAAGAAGACUCAGAAGGAGGCCGAUGAAAUCCGUGACUCGGCAUUGAAUGCAUGA